UUCCCGCUUCAAAUUCAUUCAAAAACCAUUUCAAAUACAAAUACCCCUUGCUCAACAAUGAACCUAAACAAAAUUAUUCUGUGAAAUUUCAUCUUUAUAUCUACAAAUUCGCCCAAGAAUCUGAAAUGCCCACUGCAAUUGAAGAAUCAGACCAUGGUCAUCACCGAAAUUUGACCCAGAAAGUUGCUAGGGUUUUAGAUGACAUACGAAGCUCAAAUGCCACACACAUACGAAAACUGAAAGACCUCUCCGUUCUCCGGGACUCGUCGCCUGUCCAAUUCUUUGAGGCAUUUUCCAAUGCCCUCAUUCCUCUAUUCAAUUUCCAGCGCCGGACUGCCUCUGCCGAGCGAAUUGUUAAAUUCGUCUCGCUCUUUGCUUUCACGCCUGAUGCGAAGAAUAGUAGCAGUUCUGAUGGGUUCUUGGAGAAUUUUCUGAGGUUUUUGCUUUUAGCGGCUGAGGCGGCUAAUAAGACUGCUAGGUAUAGGGCUUGCCAGAUCAUUUCCGAGAUCAUUAUGCGGUUGCCAGACGAUGCAGAAGUGAGCAGUGAACUCUGGGAUGAGGUGAUUGAAUGCAUGAAGUCGCGGGUGGGUGAUAAGUUUCCCGUAGUUCGAUCAUUUGCAAUCAGAGCUCUUUUACGCUUUGCGAACGAGUCAGAGAACAGAGACAUUAUUGACUUGUUCCUUCAGGCUCUACCCUUGGAGCAGAAUGCAGAUGUUCGUAAGACAAUUGUGUUAUCUUUACCUCCUUCAAAUGAAACCUUAUCAACAAUAAUUGAUAGCACCCUAGAUGUGAGUGAAUCAGUACGGAAGGCAGCUUUUUGUGUUAUAGCCAGUAAAUUUCCACUUCAGACUCUCAGCAUAAAGAUCAGAACAACCAUUCUUCAGAGGGGGCUUGCAGAUCGCUCAAAAGCUGUGGCAAAGGAGUGUUUGAAAUUGAUGAAAGAUGAAUGGCUUUUGCAGUGCUGCAAUAGAGACCCUAUAGAAUUACUUAAGUUUCUUGAUGUUGAAACUUAUGAAUCAGUCGGGGAGUCUGUAAUGGCCACACUACUGAAAGAAGGAUGGGUAAGUUUGAAAGAUGGACAAACCAUCAGGCAGUUCUUGGCAUCAACUAGUGACGCAACUGAAGCAGGGGACUGCAAUCAUGGCAUCCAACUCAUGGAAGCUGAAGUUGCUCUUUAUUGGAGAAUGGUCUGUAAGCAUCUACAGAUGGAAGCUUCUAGGGGGCUUGCAGAUCGCUCAAAAGCUGUGGCAAAGGAGUGUUUGAAAUUGAUGAAAGAUGAAUGGCUUUUGCAGUGCUGCAAUAGAGACCCUAUAGAAUUACUUAAGUUUCUUGAUGUUGAAACUUAUGAAUCAGUCGGGGAGUCUGUAAUGGCCACACUACUGAAAGAAGGAUGGGUAAGCUUGAAAGAUGGACAAACCAUCAGGCAGUUCUUGGCAUCAACUAGUGACGCAACUGAAGGGGACUGCAAUCGUGGCAUCCAACUCAUGGAAGCUGAAGUUGCUCUUUAUUGGAGAAUGGUCUGUAAGCAUCUACAGAUGGAAGCUUCUAAGUGCAUAUCCAAGGCUUUUAUGCCAGUUAUGCGUUCCCUGUGGCCUGGUAUCAAUGGAAAUGCCACAGGAUCUACAAUUAUGGUGUCUAACAUGCGUAAGCGUGCUGUUCAAGCAUCCCGCUUUAUGUUGCAAAUGAUGAAAGUUCCGUUAUAUGCGAAGGAGACUGCACCCGAUGAAAGUGAUGGUGAAAGCCUGGAUAAUCAAGCUGAUCCUUCACUUGAUUUUGAGAGUGGAGAGGAAGGGCUAGCGAUACGCAUUGCAGUAGAGGUGGCAAGCUUCCAUGCAAAGAAGACAGCAGCAGGGAAAUCAUAUCUUUCUGCAGUUUGCAGAAUACUUGUGUUACUUCAGUUCCAGCCAUCUGAACAGGAGGCAAUAAAGCUUGUGCGGCAGCUCUUAAAUCGUGUGUCUGAAUCUGUAGCUGCUGAAAAAGAUCUACUAAAGGAACUGAGGCAAAUGGCUGAACGCCUAAAGUUAAUAGAUGGACACCCAGACCAGAAAUUGUCGUCUGAUCAGGCUAAUCAGAUCCUGGGGAGGUUGGAACUAGAGGUCAAUCUCGAAGAGGACGACACAAUGGAAGUGCCAGCGACUCCGGCAGUUCAAUCAACGAGGCCAGGUCGUGCUAGAAGACGAGUAAGGGUUGAAGAAGAAUCGUCAUCUGCUGAUGAACUCACACCCACUUCUGUGGUUCCCACGAAUCCUGCUGUGAUGAGUACUCGAUCACAGAGGGCAAGUAAGACAGCAGCAUUGACCAAAAUGACUGCCAAACAAACCGUUAAAAUUGAUGAGAAUGAUGAAAAUGAUGAUGAUGAUUCAGGUUCAGAGGUGACAUCUGAAGAUGAUUCAGGUUCAGAGGUGACAUCUGAAGAUGAUUCAGAUGCUUUUGAUUAGUCUGGAGUUGCAUCCUUCAAGGAUUUGCUGUAUGUAGUGCUGUGUAUGCUGCUUGUAUGAUCAUAAGAUGUGCAUUAAUAUCAACUCCUCCAUCUCAUCAGAAUAGGAGCAAUUAUCUUUUGACAUUUUUGGGAAGUUAUUUAUCAAACUUUUAAGCUAGAUUGACAUGUCGAGAAUGUUCUUAUUCACAUGGGAUCAUGUUAA